CGCGUCGCCCGCCCAGCUCAAGGGCCGCCUCCGCUUCCUCGAACCGGCCGGCCGGCCAGCCAGGCCAUUUUACCCUUACCCGCUUAUAUAUAUACACGCCUUUACCACCGUUACCCGUCUCUCACAUCGCUCUCCGCCCGCUGCUCCCCGCCCACCAACGCCACCGCCACUGGAUCCGUCCAGCUUCCGCCGUACCGGCAGCGCAUCAGCACGAGACGGAGUGCCGGCAGCACCGCACUUUUGUUGAUGCGCGUGUAGCCGCCGCCGCCGCGGUCCAUGGCCUCCGCCGUCGCGAGUAACCUCCCGCCGCCCGCCGCCACGCCGUACGGGUGGCUCAGCCCGCGCGUGUCCUUCAGCCGCGACGCGAAGGGCGAGGACAUGAUGGAGCCCGCCGCCGCCGCCGCGGCCACGCUGGAGCCGGCGAUCUCCAAGGACUUCAUCGACUUCGAGUUCAGCCUCGGCGGGUCCGCCACCAUGCUCCCCGCGGACGAGCUGUUCGCGGACGGCAAGCUGCUGCCGCUGCGGAAGGCGGCCGCGGCCGCGCCUCUGCCGGAUCCGGAGGCCGCGGCGCCCCCGCCGCCAGCGCCGCGGGCGGAGGCGGCAAUGCCGGCGCCCGCGGAGCCCGUCAAGCCCCUCCGCGCCGCGGCGGUCGCGGCGGCCGACGGGGCCGCCGACCCCUACGUGUUCUCGCCCAAGGCGCCCAGCUGCUCCAGCCGGUGGCGCGAGCUGCUGGGGCUCAAGAGGGCCGCGGCCGCGCAGAGCCCCAGCGCGAGGCCCUCGCCUUCGCCGGCCGCGGCGGCGAGGACCCCCGCGUCGAGGGCGGCCAACUCCGCGGCGGCGCGGUCGCUCAAGCUCCUGCUCCAGCGGAACACCGGGCGCGCGUCGGCGUCGGACCUCGUGUCGGCGCCUCUGCUCCGCGACAGCUCCGACUCGGAGGCGUCGCUCUCCCUCGCCUCCUCCUCCCGCUUCUCGCUCUCCUCGUCGUCCUCCUCCUCGGGCCACGACCACGACGACGUGCCCCGCCUCUCCCUCGACUCCGCCGCCGACCCCAACCCGCUGCGCAUCCGCCUCGUCCGCUCCUCCCACCACCACCACCGCCACUCCACCUCCGGCGGCUCCACGUCCCGCGCCGGACGCAGCCCCGCGCGGCGCCGCCCGUCGCCGCCCCCUCCCCCGCGCUGCCUCUCCGUGGACUCCCCGCGCAUGAACUCCUCGGGCAAGAUCGUGUUCCAGGGCCUGGAGCGCAGCUCCAGCUCCCCCUGCAGCUUCCACGCGGCGGCCAAGUCCCGGUCGUCCCGCGCGGUGGACCGGUCCUACUCCUCCGGCGUCCGCGUGGCGCCCGUGGUGCUCAACGUACCCGUGUGCUCCCGCCCCGUGUUCGGCUUCUUCAAGGACAAGAAGGACUCCGCCGCCGCCAAGGACGCCUCGGCUGCUGCUGCGGCGGCGGCGGCGAGGUCCCGGUCGUCGCUGGGGCGGAAGGCGGCGCAAGGGUGGAGCGGCGAGCUGCCGAGAUCCUCCGGCUGAUUGGACCCCGUUUGACCUUGUCUGUCCCCGUUUGCGCCAUCAUGAUGGAUGAGAGGGUGGCUCGGGCGGUUGGUGUUGGGUUUAACUGAUUUUGUUUGUUCGUUGGAGACGAUGGAGAUCGUGGUGAUGAGGGGUCUAAUCGAUUGACUGUCUUUUCCUUCUUCCUUUUUGCUCGACUGUAAAUUCGAGUUUUGUACUUCUGCUCUUCUGAUCGAUUUGGUUCAAUGCAAUGCAAAAAAAGGUGGAAAAUUUUCUCAGCCGAUGGUUGCUGCUAA